AGUUAUUCGAUGAGGAGUGAAGGAUAUUUUGGGAGAAGCAACUACUCGAUAUUUGUCGCAAGCUGUUGACUUCACCAUAUACUUGAGGUCGUCAGUCUUUUCGACUUUAAACAUGCGUGGCCUAUAUCAUGUUCAAGUUUCCACGAUGAUACUUCCAUCGCCAUCACUGUAUGUCUGUAGCAUCCAGUUGUUUGAUAUCUAGCGGGACUUUUCAAUAUUUUGUCCUGAGGUGGAAUUUGGAAUUGGAGGAUGCUUCACUGAUUGGAAAUAGCCAUGACCCGUCGAAGAGUCCAAAACAGUAGCAUCUACUUGGCGGAGACCAAAUAAUCAUCCCAUUUUUCGGCAAAAAGUAAAAGACUAGCUCAUUGACAAAGUAAACGCUGGGCUAGUAUAUAUAGGGACUAACAUACCUGUCGUAUGUGCUCAUCAAUCAAAACAGACAUUGCUACACGCCAUAGCACACCAUGAACUACUAUUAGAAGAAGCAUCUAAUUGUUUGAUUCUCUAGAAGGAUUGUCCAAUAUUUGUCCUGAUUUGAAUGUUGGAACUGGAAGAUGCUUCACAGAAUCGAAACAGCCAAGACCCUGUCAAAGGAUUCAAUCACAUAGCGUGUGUUUGGUGGAGACAAAACAACGGUCCUAUUUCUCAGCAAAAAUGAAAAGGCUGGCUGAUUAAGCAAGCGUGGACUAGUAUAUAGAGAGACUAGUGCGCCCUGUGCUCAGGAAGUCAUGAAUCCAAGCACAUAUUGUGAGACGCCAUAGGAAACCAUGUAUCACUACUACAAGAACUCCACCUACAGAGCAGCUGCGCUUCUACUGCUACUCUUCAGCCUCACAGGUGAGCUGCAAUUUCAAGCCAAGGCGGUGGCUUUGCCAAGCUCCAGCUGCCCAGAGAGCUGCGGUGAUGUUAAAAUUGUAUACCCAUUUGGUAUUGGUGUGGACUGUGCUAGAGAAGGAUUUGAUCUCGAGUGCAACAAGACUGACAAUGGCCAUGCCAAUAUAACAUUUUUUGGCACCAUACCAUUGGUGAAUAUAUCACUGCUCGAUGGCAUGAUUCGGGUGAGGCACCGCAUCUCGUCCAUGUGCUACAACCACUUGAACAGGAGCAUUACCUAUAGGAAUGGGGGCCUGGAACUUGGUAACCCGUCAUUCACAUUCUCAGAACAGCUCAACAAGUUCACAGUUAUCGGCAUCAACACACUCGCAUACAUGUUGGGCUCUACUCAAGUCCUUGGGUGUCUAUCACAGUCCUCACCCUACAACAACCUCAUGGCACGGGAUGAGGUUUGCGACGGUGUUGGCUGCUGCCAGGUUGCGCUCUCCAGCAACAUGUCCUACUACGAAAUGGAUUUCAAUGAACGGUACAACACCUCCAACGUAAGCAUCACAAAAAAUACAGAUUACUGUGGCUAUGCUGUGAUGAUGGAGACUGAUGCAUUCAAGUUCCGUACAACAUAUCUGAACAAUGGAGUCUUUUGGGAUGAGGAUCGUCGUGUCCCAGUGAUAUUGAACUGGGCAGUGGGCAACGAGACCUGUGAUAUUGCCAGGCAGAAAAAAGAUUCAUUUGCUUGCCGCAGCAAUAACAGCUACUGCAUUGAUUCGAGAAAUGGUCCAGGUUACCUCUGCAACUGCAGCACAGGCUACCACGGCAAUCCAUACCUUCCUGAUGGUGAUGGAGGAUGCCAAGAUAUUAAUGAAUGUGCUACCAACGAACCUCCAUGUGAUGGCUGCAUCAACACACCUGGAAGUUACUUUUGUCCAAAUCAAAAGCCUUCAUCAGGUUCCUCACACUCAGACUCCACAGUUCUAGUUGUUGGUCCAAGUAUUGGGGUUGUAAUUGUGGUAAUAGCCAUCACUUGCACAUAUGUGAUCCGUGAAAGGAAGAAGCUGGCCAGUAUCAAGCAAAAGUAUUUCCAGCAGCAUGGUGGAAUGCUUCUGUUGCAGGAGAUGAGCUUAAAGCAAGGAACUGCCUUCUCUAUCUUCACUGAAGCAGAUCUCACGGAGGCAACAAACAAGUUUGACGACAAUAAUAUCCUCGGCCGUGGUGGCCAUGGUACCGUCUACAAAGGCACGCUCAAGGACGGCAGUCUAAUCGCAGUUAAACGAUGUGUAUUAAUGACCAGCGAGCAGCAGAAGAAAGAGUUCGGCAAAGAGAUGCUUAUCCUAUCCCAGAUUAACCACAAGAACAUCGUUAAGCUCCUGGGGUGCUGCCUUGAAGUAGAGGUUCCAAUGCUAGUCUAUGAAUUCAUCCCAAAUGGCACCCUGUUUCAAUUCAUCCAUGGUGACAAUGGCUCCCACAACAUCCCCUUCUCAACUCGGAUACACAUUGCCCUCGAGUCUGCCCUGGCCUUAGCUUACCUUCAUUCAUGGGCUUCGCCUCCAAUCCUUCAUGGGGAUGUCAAAUCGUCCAAUAUACUUCUCGAUGAGAACUAUGCUGCAAAGGUAUCAGAUUUUGGGGCCUCCAUACUAGCGCCGGCUGACAAGUCCCAGUUCAUGACACUGGUUCAAGGAACUUGUGGGUACCUAGACCCUGAGUACAUGCAGACAUGCCUGCUGACAGAUAAGAGUGAUGUAUACAGCUUCGGUGUUGUCCUCCUAGAGAUGCUCACUGGCAAGACAGCCUUCAACCUUGAAGGUCCGGAGAAUGAGAGGAGCCUUUCGCUUCGCUUCUUGAGCGCCAUGAAGGAGGGCAGACUUAUGGAUGUUAUAGACGACCAGAUCAAGAGUGACAGUGACGCCGGGUUGCUCGAAGAGGUUGCAGAGCUGGCGAGGCAGUGCCUGGAGAUGGUUGGCGAGAGUCGUCCGUCAAUGAACGAUGUCGCCGAGAAGCUGGACAGGCUGAGCAAGGUCAUGCAGCACCCGUGGGUGCCGGCGCAACGUGACCCUGAAGAGAUGGAGAGCCUGCUCGGGGAGUCUUCGGCGGCCAGCUUGGAGAUGAUCAGCACAGGGAAUUUCAGCAUGGAGAAGAGGAUUGUGCAAGGGCUCCUGGAGUCUGGACGUUAGAGUUGGCCCCAUCAUGCCAUGGAUUCACAGUGAUCAUCUUAAUUCUUAUGGUUAUUUUUAGUAUGUCUGUACUUAUUUUCUGUUGGCUGGUAAUGUAUGUUACGUAUGCAUACAGUAUGUCAGUAUUCACAUGUAGCUCCUUUGUUACUUUGCUUUUGGGAGGAUUGGUGAUUUCAUUUGCUUGGAUACAUGUAUAUAACAGCUCUAAGGGUAUACAAGAGAAUAUUGGAUUUGCUGA